AUGGCUUCCUUUUCUACCACCCCUUUCGCCGAUCCUCUUUGGUUGAACCGCAGUUUCAGCCCAUACUAUACUGCCUCACACCGUCGACUUCAAGAAGAAGCCCGUGAGUAUGUUGAAACAUACAUUUCACCGUUCUGUGAGGAUUGGGAGAAACAAGGCUUUGUUCCACAAGAGAUUCACAAACGGCACGCAGAGCUAGGAUACACUGCUGUCAGUUCGUUCCCACUUGCUGCAGACUACCUGAAUGGUCAGCGACUGCCCGGAGAUGUCGACCCUAAGGAUUGGGAUGAGUUUCAUGAUAUUGUCGUCAUCGACGAGCUAGCUCGAUGCGGGUACCUUGGUAUAAUCUGGGCUUUGGGCUGCGGAAACUCCAUCGGCGGUCCGCCGGUGAUCAAUUUCGGCAACGAAGAGCAAAAGCGAAGGUUUUUACCCGAUAUGUUGAAGGGCAAUAUCCGAUUUUGCUUGGGAGUGACCGAGCCUGACGCCGGGUCUGAUGUCGCGGGAAUAACUACCACAGCAGAACGCAGCGGAGACGUGUAUAUUGUCAAUGGAGCGAAGAAAUGGAUUACCAACGGAAUUUUCGCCGAUUAUUGCACUGCCGCUGUGAGAACAGGAGGCGAGGGCACGCAUGGCAUAUCAGCCUUGAUCAUCCCGCUCAAGGCACCCGGGGUUACAUGUAGAAAGAUUGAAAACUCCGGCGUGCAUGCCAGUGGAUCGACAUAUAUCGAGUUCGACCAAGUCCAGGUACCGGUGGCUAAUCUGCUUGGAGUGGAAAACAAAGGAUUCCCAGUCAUUAUGAACAAUUUCAAUCAUGAGCGGCUCUGGCUCGCCUGCACUUCUCUUCGAAUGGCACGCGUGUGUGCCGAGGACGCGUACCAGCACGCCAUCAAGCGCGAGACAUUCGGAAAGAAGCUGAUUGAAAACCAAGUUAUUCGGGCUAAAUUCAGUGCUAUGGCUCGAGGCCUUGACUCCACAUACGCCUGGAUGGAGCAAUUGGUCUACAUCUCCCAAGCCGCCAAGAAGAAGGGGGUGGAUGCUUCCAUGGGCGGGCUUUUUGCGAACUUAAAGGUCUUGGCUGGCCAAACAUUGGAGAAAGUCAACCGAGAGGCUCAGCAGAUUAUGGGUGGUCUUGGAUACUCGAAGAACGGCCGUGGAGCGCGUAUUGAGCAGAUCAGCCGUGAUGUUCGGGUGAUGGUGGUGGGUGGUGGCAGUGAGGAGAUUCUGUCGGAAUUGGCUGUCAACCAGGAGAUCAAGAGUAUGAACAAGAUAAGCAAGCUUUAG